GUGGCUUUCCUAUGAAAGCUGAGGAGAGUGUUGGUACAAAGUCGAGUGGGAAUCCCUUUGCUCCUACCUCUGAUGCUCCCUCAAUACCAAAAACCUCAAGUUCACCAUUUGGCACUAGUGUCCCCAACUUCUUUUCUUCGUCCAAAGUGACCUCAGUCUCGGACGCGCCAUCAACAAAGCCUAUAUCUGCGUUUGCCCCGGUUUCCUCAGGUUUCGGUGUCACUACCGGUCCAAUUUCAUCUUUCUCAGCAGGGUCCUCGGAUACAACCACUAGCAACACUACUAGUGUAUUCGGUAGUUCUACGGCAUUUGGGGUGGCAGACAAGCCGUCAAGCACCAGCAACCCUUUCACUGGCUUUAUUGGUAAUCCUGUUGGUUUCGGUUUUGGAAAUCAAGCGAAGGAUGGGGAGGAAGACUCGGCCAAGUCUUCGACAGGGUUUUCUUUUGGUGCCCCGCCCAAGAGUUCUGAGAACACUGCUUCACCUCCAGCCGAAAAAUCAAGGAACGCCACUCCGUCCGAAAAUGUGGAGGGGACAGAGGAAGAUUCAUCCAAGCUUCUUCCCAGUACAAAUCAUGAUGAAGAAGGGGAAGGAGAGGAAGACGAAGAGACCACUCACGCUGCGAAAUGCAAGGUCUAUAAAAUGCUCAAAACUGAUGAAAAAUCCGAAUGGAAAGACAUGGGAGUAGGUUAUGCUUCGUUUAAAGAAACACAAGACGACAGACGCUCGGCGCAUGCUGCUGAGAAAUAGCAGUACAGGCAAGAUCAU